UUGUCGGUCGUCGUCGUCAUUAUCCAAUCCCCUCGCGCUAAACAAUCUCACAAAGAGACCUCCUUCCUCUGGUCUCUCCGAACGAAGAGGGAAAAUGCAGAAUGUCGUAGCAUCAGCGGCUCCGAGCUCAUGGCCGCCUCUCUUGCAACCCACCGCAGUCAAGGCCUUCUUGGGUCGCCGUCAGCUCUUCUUCGACGGCAUCUCCUCCGCCUGUUCUCCGUCUUCUCGAACCCGGAGCGAUAACCCCGCCAACGGCGACGCACCCCCUCACCCUUCAGCUCCUCAGAGAACGGUAGAUCCUACUGAGGCUUGGGGUGAACUGGUGCAGAAGAAUUUUCCGCUCACUUCGCGGCGAAUGCUGUUUGCGAGUUUGUUCAUGUACUCAUGGUAUCAUCCUUCAAGGUAUUUAUCAGCGUACGCUUUAGGGGAUCCAUCAGUGACACUUGAAGAAGUAACCCCUCGUGUUUUUCCUUCCGGGUCACUCUUCCCAGCUGAGGAAAGAAUUGCCAAUCUUUUCGAGAAAAAUACUUUUUCUGUCGUCAACAUCUUUGAUGUAACAUUGCGCCCGCAGCUUAACAUAACUGGUGCUGUUGAGAUUCCUGAAGGAAAUGGUUCAGGAGUUGUCUGGGAUCAACAGGGACAUAUUGUUACAAACUAUCAUGUUAUUGGCAGUGCACUUUCAAGAAAUGCAAAAAUUGGCCAAGUUGUAGCACGUGUUAAUAUUCUAGCAUCAGAAGGGGUCCAGAAGAACUUUGAGGGCCAGCUGGUUGGUGCCGAUCGUCUUAAAGAUCUUGCUGUUUUGAAGGUAGAAGCCUCUAAAGAUCUAUUGAAGCCAGUCGCAGUUGGGCAAUCAAAUUCUUUGAAAGUGGGGCAGCAAUGUUUAGCAAUAGGAAAUCCGUUUGGGUUUGAUCACACACUUACAGUUGGUGUUAUAAGUGGACUUAACAGAGACAUAUUUAGUCAAACUGGAGUAACAAUUGGUGGGGGAAUCCAGACAGAUGCGGCCAUUAAUCCCGGGAACAGUGGAGGUCCUCUUCUAGAUGCUAAGGGAAAUUUGAUAGGGAUUAAUACCGCUAUAUUUACUCAGACAGGGACAUCGGCAGGUGUAGGUUUUGCCAUUCCGUCAUCUACUGUCCUCAAGAUUGUGCCGCAGUUGAUUAAGUUUGGCAAAGCUGUCCGAGCUGGACUAAAUGUAGAUAUUGCUCCCGAACCAGUUGCUAAUCAACUGAAUGUUCGAAGUGGAGCUCUCAUACUCAAGGUUCCUGGAAAUAGUGUCGCUGCAAAAGCUGGGUUACUACCCACGACUAGGGGCUUUGCUGGUAACAUAGUACUUGGCGACGUCAUUGUAGCAGUCGACAGCAAACCUGUUAAAAGCAAAGCAGAGUUGGAGAAAGUGUUGGAUGACUACAAUGUAGGUGAUCAAGUAACGCUGAAGAUUCAGAGAGCCAGCGAGUAUCUGGAGCUGCCUAUACCUUUGGAGGAAAAGAGUUCGUGACAAAAUGACCCUUCAUCACGUUUGUCGUAGAUUUAUUAGUUUUAUACUCGCUUUGUCUUGACAGAGAAGAGGUUUUGUACUGGCACGUGAUGGGAAUCGUCUGCUGGUAAAUGCAUAUCUGGACUGAAAGAUCAUUGCGAGAAAA